AUGGAGUCGUCCGGAAUGUUCUCCGAGGGCACCCCCUCGCCCGCAGUGUGGGCGCGCAGCUCUGACGCGGUGUCGCACUUCGUCACCCACCUACUGCCGGACGUGCAGCGCUCCGCGGCGCUGCGCGACUUCAGCGACGCCGUCCUCCCCUCCCUGGGCAUCCCCCUCGCGACCCCCGCGCCGCAGCCCGCGCUCCCCGCGAACCCGAUCCACUCGCCCGCAUGGGCGCCCGGCCUCGCGCCCGUGCCGUGGCCCGCGGCACCGGUGGAGCUUCAGCCCCUGCCGCCGGCCCUCGGGCCCGCGCGGCCGCCCGGACGCAUCGACGCGCCAGGGGCCGCCAGCACCGGCCGGGACGCGUGCGGCGACCUCCCCGACGGUCAAAUGAUUGCGCGGGAGCUCGCGAGACGCAUGCGUAGCAACCCGGUCGCAGGCACGGGCGUCCCGUGGGCCGAGUGGCGCGCGAGCCAGUCCUCUUCGCUGCCGCUGCGGUUCGACACCGCGAGCACGCUCAAGCAGGUCGGUCCCGGGCAGCCGCAGUCGGUGACGUACGUCAUGCCCGCCGCGGCGUCGCUCGAGCCUGGCGGGGUGCAGCUGCCGGCGCCCGCGCUGUCGGCGAUCAGCGCGGCGGCCGCGGCGUCGCUCCCGGCGGCCCUGGUCGCGGACCACGCGGCCUGGGCGCGCACGGACGCGCUCCGCGUCGGCCUGCCGGCCCCGACGUCGCUCCCGGCGACCGCGUCCACGUCCCCGCACAGCUUCGCCGCGUCGAGUGUGGCUCCGACGGUGCCGGUGGCGCCGGGGAGCGCCGGGGCGGCGGCGGCGCGGCCGUCGCACUACAAGACGGAGCUGUGCCGCGCGUGGGAGGAGACGGGGGUGUGCUAUUUCGGGAACCGCUGUCGGUUCGCGCAUGGCGAGAGCGAGCGGCAGCCGACGACGCGCCACGCCAAGUACCGCACGAAGGACUGCCACAAUUUUUCCACUCACGGCAUCUGCCUCUACGGCUCGCGCUGCCAGUUCAUCCACAAGAUGAUGAAGCCCGAGGAGGCGAUGGAGGUGCUCCUGUCAGUCAGCCCGAGACUCCCCGCGUUUCCGCGGCUGGUCCGCUCGGAGUCCCCCUCGCCGCACCCGCGCGCGGCCUUGCCCUCCAAGCUGCGCAAGCUGACCAACGGCGCCGGGGCCGGGCCCAGCCCCGCCACCAGCACGAACGGCUCCUCUGCGCUGCCGGCAGACAACGAGCUGUCAACGGCGCGGUCCCUCCCGUGA